AUGGUAACCCUAAUCGACAUCCCUCCACCGCCGCCGCUGCCAAAUAUAGAGGAUUGGAGAAGGUUUCGGGAGGUUGGGUUGUUGGAUGUGGUGGCUCUGGAGAGGCGUGAUCGGGAGGCGCUGCAGGAGAAAGUUGAAAGGCUUGAAACAGAGGUUAGACGAAGAGAAACAAAAUUAUGGUUAAUUUUAUACCUUACUGGCAAAGAUAAUAUGGUAGCCCUAAUCAACGUCCCUCCACCGCCGCCGCCAAAUAUUGAGUAUUGGAGAAGGUUUCGGGAGGUUGGGUUGUUGGAUGUGGUGGCUCUGGAGAGGCGUGAUCGGGAUGCGUUGCAGGAGAAAGUUGAAAGGCUUGAAACAGAGGUUAGACGAAGAGAAACAAAAUUUUUAAUGUUCUUUGUUUGUGGUGAAUGA